AUCCCUAGAAUGGAAGUUUCCGGAAUAAGUAUAGAAUAAGCAGAAACCAAGCAUAAUCGUAUUUGUUACCAAAAGCGAAGGAGAAAGAGGAAGAAGCAGAAACAAAGAAGAAGAAGAAGGUGGUGAGUACACCAAACCAUAGAAAAUGGCGGAGAAAUUGGCCCCUGAAAAGCGUCACAGCUUCGUCCACAACGGUCAAGAGGUGUUCGAGUGGGAUCAAACCCUAGAUGAGGUCAAUAUGUACAUAAAACUCCCUCCUAACGUUCCUUCCAAGCAAUUCUACUGUAAGAUUCAGUCCAAGCACCUCGAACUUGGCAUCAAAGGCAAUCCUCCGUAUCUCAACCAAGAUCUUACUUGCCCGGUGAAGACAGAUUCUUCUUUCUGGACUCUAGAGGAUGACAUAAUGCAUAUAACACUGCAGAAGAGAGAUAAAGGUCAGACAUGGGCUUCUCCCGUAUUAGGUCAGGGGCAGUUGGACCCUUACUCCUCUGAUCUUGAACAGAAGCGCCUCAUGCUUCAGAGAUUUCAAGAGGAGAACCCAGGUUUUGAUUUUUCACAAGCUCAAUUUUCUGGAAACUGUCCUGAUCCAAGGACCUUCAUGGGUGGAAUCCGAUCGGAUUGAUGAUCUUCACCACAGUAAUUUGUAUUUGCCUGCCCUAUGAUGAUGAUAAUCAGAUGGCAAAUAAUCCGUGUAAUUCCUUUUGUCUUUGACGAUAUUUAAUUAAGGCAGUCUUAUGUAAUGUACUGGUUAUGGAAUUAAUAGAAAGUAAAGAGAAAUAAUUGAAAAGGAUUGUACUUUAUUUAGAA